AGGUCAGGUGAUAUAACUAAACUAAACACCAUAGCAAUAGUAAUUACAACAAAUGAAUCCCUCAGUAGCAAAGGAGUAUUGAGUGAAAGGAUCCACAGAGCUGCUGGUCCAGAGCUGUUACAUGAGUGUAGAUCACAGUUACUUUGGUAUGAACAUAGUUUCUGAGAUAAAAUAAAAUAAUUGUUUUUAUAGUAUAGUUAAAUCAGGUUUUUGGAGUCCAGUUUUCCCAAAACACCACAAGCAAACCUUUGAGCAAUAAAAUAUAAUACCACCCUGUUUAUGGUCAAAAUAUUGGAAGGAUUUCUAUUACACCCAGGGCUGCCAUUAAGAUUUUGAAUUGCCAGGUAAAUACACUUGUAAGUAGGUGGGGAAUUCAUCAACUAGCGAUUUCUUUUGGUUCUAUAUUUUCUAAUAGCCAGGGAAAAUCCCCAGCCCCAACCUUAAAUAACAACCCUGAUUACCUCUUGGCCAUAAAGUGUAACAAGGGACGAACUCUCACUAGUCUCUAAAACUUCUAGGUAAUAAUUUGCUCCAACACUGACUGCCCUCUCACAGUCAAAAACUGGUUUUUCCCCACCAUGUUUGAAACGCCUGACAAUUUGAACCGAUUUGUUUUUCCCAAGAUGGUUCUAAAAUUGUGGAUUCCGCCAUGCGGUCUUAGUACUCCAUACCAGAAUACCAUACUAGUUAGUGAAUGGACAGUGUAGUUUCUUUUUCUGUACAACAUUUGUUUUUAAAAAAGUUUAAAAUGGUAACAGAGGUGCACUGUAGUAAUCAAAACAGUACUAUCACAAUGAUGGUCAAUUAGUUGUCAAGAAUUCCUGUUUAUUAUUUUUUCUAGGUUGUAGGACUGGAGAGGCUAUUUAUCAAAGGCUAUAGUUUACCCGCUAGGUGAGUGAGUUGUUAGGGUGGUACCGGAGGCUAAUUUGGGCAUUUUUUUGUCACUUUUAGCCCUAUGAGAAUAUCAUUUUAAGCAUUUAGUGAAAAUAAAGUGAAAUGUUUGGAUGCAAGUCAUAAGUGAAUGGGAAUUUAAAAAAUCACAUCUUCGUACACUGUAGCUCCUCGAAGCAAAUUUACAGCAAGUUUUGUGGUAAUUAGGAUUGUUUUUGAGGUACAAAUUUCCCUCACAGAAUAUAUGUAUUUGUGAAUACACUGUAGUACAUGUAUAUGAAGAAAAAUACAGUUGUUAAACACAAAGUAAAACAUUUAAACUUUACAUGUUCACUGUACUUGAAGUCUUAAAAGAAAUAUUUUCUCUAGAUCUGUUUAUUCAUUAUCUGCUUAUUCAUUAAUAUUUGUGUACUGUGAAAACUAUUAUGUUUUAAGUACAUUUAGAAUUUAAACCUGAGUUUCCUUCUCUGAAUGAUAAUAUUAAGGCUAGGAAACAUACAAAUAAGCUAAAUCAAAUUUAAAUACAGUGGAACCUGGAGAUAACAAAGGGCCAAGCUUAAGAGACUGACAAAAUCUGUUCAUCAUAAAAAGGUUUUGUUAUCUCGAGGUUCUUUUCCAUAUUAUUUUACUAUUUACUAAGUGUCGUUUGUAAAUAUGUCAAGGAAGUUGUUAUAUAGAGGUUGGUAAUAUUGAGGUUACACUGUACUGGUUAAACCCAAGAAUGGAUUUUAGCCAUGUACAUGUACCUGAAGAACAAAAAGGGCUUAAUAGAUGGAAUUUUAAUAGUUUUGGAUUUUGCAUAUCCCUGACUAGUAGCUUUCAAAUAUGCAAGUAAAAUCUUAGAUCGAUAGCUUAACAAAGAAGUGUUUUUCCUGUGGAUGAUGAUGAUGAUGAUGAUGAUGAUGAGUUUUAUUUUAUUUUGUGAAACAUUUGCAUUGAGGUAAUUUGAAUUGAAUAAUAAUGAUAAUAAUUGUUCUUGUCUGGUGUGUAGAUAUGUUAUCCAUACUGUGGGACCAAGAUACAACAUAAAGUGCAAGACUGCAGCUGAAAGCGCACUCUUCUCUUCUUAUACAAGUGUCAUG